AUUCGGAGCCGCAUCGGACGGCACUCAAAUCCCUCACACACCAUAGUUGUGAGCCGAUCUCGGAUACGAGGUGAACUCCUUCACGGGUUCCUGUCUCAGAAGUUUGAUUGUGCGAACCUCAUUCCUUGCCAACGAGAGCUAAAACGGUCCCUAAAUAACAAGAUUGUGAACGACACGAAAUGGAGGCACGUGGCGGUAUGUUCAAAAAUACCUUCCAAAGUGGCUUCCUCUCGAUUCUGUACAGCCUCGGAUCGAAGCCUCUGCAGAUUUGGGAUAAAAAAGUUCGAAAUGGUCACAUCAAACGGAUAACGGACAACGACAUUCAGUCCCUUGUACUCGAGGUGAUGGGCAGUAAUGUGAGCACAGCGUUUAUAACGUGCCCAGCUGAUCCUCGAGAGACCCUCGGAAUCCGUCUCCCCUUCAUCAUACUGAUAAUCAAGAACCUGAAGAAGUACUUCACGUUCGAGGUUCAAAUACUGGAUGAUAAGAACAUCAGGCGAAGGUUCCGGGCGAGCAACUUCCAGAGCACGACGCGCGUCAAACCUUUCAUCUGUACGAUGCCGAUGCGUUUGGACGAGGGCUGGAACCAAAUUCAGUUCAAUUUGGCGGAUUUCACCAGGCGCGCCUAUGGAACGAAUUACGUACAAACGCUGCGGGUUCAAAUUCACGCGAACUGCCGGAUCCGACGUGUCUAUUUCGCUGAUAGACUGUACUCGGAGGAUGAGCUGCCCGCCGAGUUCAAACUUUAUUUGCCAGUUCAACAUCGCACUGCGGCUGCGGCUCUGAGAGAACGCUAACUUUAAAAUACGCCUUAAUGGGAU